AUGAGCACGAGAAAGCGCACGAAGGAGAAUUCAAAAAGCUCCAAAAAAAAAGAAGGUAGAAGAGAGCAACACGGACCAGGUAAAAUCGGAAAUAAAGAAAUCCAUUAUGUUGUUAAGCUAGACUCGGAUGAAGAAAAUAACAACAAGAACAGCACAAAUAAGAACAAGUACAAAAAUGCAAAGAAAAAAAAUAAUAAAAGACGAAGCUUAUCAGUACUGGUCCCCAAUUACAAAAAAGACAUAGUAAAUAAUAUCAAACUGGCUGACAAACUGUACAGGUUAACAGCAAAUAAAAGCUCAGAUGAAUCGGAAGAAGAAAAUCGCAUGAGGAGGAAAAACUCAACAAAGGACAAGAAAAAUGAUUCGAAAAAUAAGAAGAACAAACAUAGGAGAAGCCUAACCUGUGGAAGUUACCACUCGAAUAGUGAGCAUAGUGUGGACAGCGCCCCAAAUAAUAAAAAGGUUGAUAUAAACAUUAAUGAAGUCCAGACGAAGUAUAAAAAUAAGAACAUAAAAAUAAUAUACGACGAUGGGUACUCGAAGAGAAUCGUCGUCCGGGGGGACAAAAGGAAGGCAGCGAGGAGUGACGGGGAGGACGAGUAUGAAGACGAAAGCGAUAGCGAUGGGCAUAGUGAUUACGAAAGCGAUGAACACAGUGAUGAACGAAGUGAUAGCCAAAGCGACGGUGGAAGCCAAUCGGAGGAUCAGUUGAACGGCUACAAUCGACGUGCGCACACAAACAAACGCAGUGGAAGGGGAAAACACAAGGAAGGAAGCAAACCCAUCAAGAGGAAGAAGAAAAAAUGCGCCAAACAACAGUCCACGACUCUGAGUGACAGUUAUUGCGAGGAAAAGAGGAAAAAAUAUAUCCAAAAGGGGAAGAGGGAAUUCUCGACUCAAAAGUUCGUAGGGGCGAGAAACAGAAUGGAGAGCAGUGAGCCGAUUGAUAAAAAUUACAGAGCAGAUAAAAACUACAUGCAAAGCGACAAGAAGGAAUACUAUCCUAACAUGUAUGAAGGACAAAAUAGGGAAAAUAUAAAUAAAGACAAAAACCAAAACAUUUUUGAAGAUGUACAAGCGUUUAAUCCAUGCAUGGACAGAGGGAGAAAAACGAUGACGUAUCAAACAUUAAGCACAAGGAGUGAACAAGUGAAAAACAAUUUUUUCCUCAGCAUUAAGGACAUAGUUUUUAAGUUGCAUUUGAACUUACAAAACAUAAAAGAAAUACUUAAAAACAAAAAUGAUUAUAUAACAAGCUUGCUAGACUCAUCGUAUAGAAAUAUUAUUGAAAAUGUGAAACGCAACGCAAUAAAACAGGACAAUUUUUAUAGGAUAAUUUUUCACGACCUGUUUAAUUUAUUAAAUGAAUUUAUCAUGGUGGAUGAUUAUACAAAGAAGUUUUUCUUUAGCAUCGAGACGGAGGUUAGACAGAGGUGCUUGGAAAAUAUUAAGAACGAAUUUUACAAUUUUAUCAAUAGGUACUUGCCUUCGGGGGAGAGGAGAAGUGUGUACAGCCCCAGUAGGGUUGCUAACGAGUUAAAUCCACAGGACAUGUAUAAGCGCAUUAUAGACAUGCACGAAUCUGCCAACAAGCGGAAGAACCUCUAUGCUGCUUUGGCCUCGUACAACAGUGGGGUGGGGCCUACAGGAAAUGAGAACCCAGGAAGCUGCUUCACCGGCGAAUACCAGAGCCACGCCGGUGUGCAGAGUAUGUUGCACCUGAACAGCCUACAACAGUUCGAAGGUGGGAGGAACGAUAUGACCAAAAUGGACGGCAUGGGAAAUGACCUCUCACUUAAAGUAAAAAAUGCAAGCAUCUUCCAAAAUGUAAGCGAACAGGAAGAUGCUGUGGAAUAUUUAAAAGGAAUGGUAAAAAGCGAGAAGGAGAAAAAUAUAAAAUUGGAGUUGCAAUAUGAUGAAUUGAAACAAAAAUACGAUCUGUUGAAGAAGAAAAGGGAAGAAGAUAUCACCAAGGAAAUUAAUAUGUCCAAAAGUAGCGCAGACGAAGAAGAUAAUUUUUUUAAGAAAUUUUAUCAGAGUCAGUCAUUUAUCAAAUUGGAGGAAAAAAAAUUGGAGGACUCAUCGAAGAGGAUCGUCGACGAAAAUGUGAAGCUCACCAGGAUGAAGGAAAUGAACGAGGACAGCAAAAGGGAAAUAGAGAAAGACAUGUGCGACAUCCAGGUGAAGAGGGGGGAAAUUGAAAAGGAAAAGGGCGAUAUAGAAAACAAGAAAAAGGAGAUCGAGCUUGCAAAAGAGGAGGUAAGCAAACAAAAUAGACAAUUGGAAGAACAGCAAGACAUACUACAUCGGAGGAAAAAGGAAAUGGAGGAGGAAAGGUCCAUGCUAGAUAACACUAAAAGAGAGGUGGAUGAACACAAUGAUUUGAUAAAGGAAAAAAAGAUGGAGCUGGAUGAGCUCAACAAAUUAUUGAGUGAAAGGAAGAAGAGUCUGGAGGAGGCAGAAAACACACUGCGCCAGAGACAGAAGGAAGUGGACCAAACAAAUUUGCUGCUAAACGAGAAGCAAAGCACCAUAAUGAAGUCUAACGGGACCGAGCAUGGCAUAAGCAACGAUAAUACAAAUCAGCAACAUGACAGCGGGGAUGACCACAACAAAAGAGAAAAUGAAGAGAGCAAUACAUUAUAUAUGCCUCAUGAUAACACCAGUUAUACACCCACUGGAGAGGCUAUCACGGGUAAGCAUGGCACACUCCAUUUAGAAAAUGCGUCAACACGAAUUGUUGAAAAGGAAACAAGCCCGAAGGAUACGAACAUCGAAGGGGAUGCCAGAAGAAGCAGUGUUUUGUCUUAUUUAGGGAACUCGAAAUUUUCUCAGAAAGAAGAUUCCAGGAGGGGCAGUAACAUAUCGCCAAUAUGUGGUGGAACCCCCCAAAGUGAUAAACUUGUGCUAAAUGAUAAGAACAUGCUAAUGAUGAAAAAUGAAAUUGAGGAAAGGGAAAAGGCCCUUUUAAGUAGAGAGCAAAAGCUCAAUGAGGAAAAAGAACAAAUUGCCCAGGAGAUGAACAAACUUGGUAUCUUAAGGGAUGAUAUUUCGAGCAAAACCGAGGCACUACAUAUAUGGGAAGAGGAACUAAAAAAGAAAGAAUUACACCUACUAGGCAUGAAAAAAGAAGGAGACAAUACAAAACGGGCAGGACAGCAAAAUGUCUCUUCAAAGAAAACCAACUUGCUCUUCUACGAAGCAGAAGAAAUGAAUAAUUUAGGCGAAAAUUCAAAGCAGCAUGUCGAGCCAGCAGAUUCCGGAAAUGGCUCUAAUGAAGGAGUUGCAAAUCAUAAAACGGAUGAUCACGUGGGAAUAACUCAACCUGAGAGCGAUCACAAGGGGACCAACCAACCGCAGGACGAAGCUGAAUUAAACGAAUCGCUACAAAAUGGGGAUAGCACGCGUUUGGAAGGUAUCAAUUCUUCACAGGGCAAAAACAUCAACGACAGCAUUUUCAACCCGUGUGGAGCUUCUCCACAAGGUGACAACAUAGACACAAUAAAAAAGAACCUAAACAACUGUUUGGAUGAAAUUGCCAAGUACAAACUUUUGCUAGAAAGUAGAGACGCAGAAAUUUGCUCAUUAAAGACCCAACUGGGAAAGCAACAAGGUGAAGCUAACUGGAAGGGAGAUGCUACACAAGAGGCGAGCAACUUGGGGGAUAAUUCAAAAAUGGGGGAUUCUCCUUGUAAUACGGGUAAUGUGGAGGACGAGAUAAAUGGGCAAAGUGGUUUUUCUGCCCUAUAUGGUGAUUCGGGUAACAUGACCAUGGGUUCUUUGAAGCAGCCAAUCGGGAUUUCAGGCCCUGCGCCUGAGCAGAGUAAGCGAAACUCAGAGGGGACCGAAUUAAACACUCAGAAGACGAUGAAAAGUGUCAUUAGCAGCGAGCUAAUCACGUUAUACAAAGAAAUAAGCAAAAUAAAGGAGGAGUACAACAGAAGCAUCCUUAAAAAAAAUGAGUUUAUAGGGGGUCUCCUGCACAAUUUCUUUAACGAAAUGAGAAACAACUACAAGUUGAAGGAGAAUUUCUACCAGAAGGAAUCCAGCAAAUAUAACGCCCUCAUUAGCGACAAGGAAUGCUACAUAAACGAACUUAAAAAUGCGUUGCAGGAAAAGAAGGCGAAGGAGGUAUCCUACAAAAAGAUGCUACUAAAAAUGAAUCAAAUAAACGAUGCGUACAAGUUAAAGAAUAAAAGAAGUUUGUCCACCGUGGAAAUGUUGAAGCAAGACAUAAAGCUGCUAAAUCAGGACGUGUUAAAGAAAAAAGAAAUGAUUAAAAAAUUCGAAGUAGCUCAGUGA